AUGGACCAGGAGGCGGCCCAGCUGGAGAAGCAGCACGUACACCACGUGUAUGAGAGCACCGCCCGCUGCCUCAGCGACCUGCAGGGCAAAGCCUGGCCCCGCGUCCGCCAGUUCCUGCAGGACCAGGAGCCAGGCAGCCUCAUCGCCGACAUAGGUUGUGGGACUGGAAAGUACCUUAAAGUGAACAGCCAGGUGCACACCCUGGGCUGUGACUACUGCGGGCCGUUGGUAGAGAUUGCCCGGAGUAAGGGAUGUGAAGUCAUGGUAUGUGACAACCUUAACCUCCCCUUUAGGGAUCAGGGCUUCGAUGCCAUCAUCUCCAUAGGAGUGAUACAUCAUUUCUCAACAAAACAGAGAAGAAUCCGAGCGAUAAAGGAAAUGGCCCGCAUCCUGGUGCCCGGAGGCCAGCUGAUGAUUUACGUGUGGGCGAUGGAGCAGAAGCACCGGCGCUUUGAGAAGCAGGACGUGCUGGUCCCGUGGAACCGGGCCCUGUGCUCCCGGCUCCUGUCCGAGGGCAGCCCGCCGGGCAGGAGGAAGCCGGGUGGCCCGGAGAGAAGCCACCCCUACCCGCCGCCCGGCACCAGCGGCUGCACCUGCUCUGUCUGCUUCAGGGAGCGACGGGAUGCCAGGCGGUCCCACAGCGCCGACUACGAGCCUGGCAGGGCCAGGACGUGCUGUGCCAAUGUUUCCAAGCAGGCCAGGGCAGAGAACGGCUUCUACAACACGCUGGGAAGAUCUUUUCGCUCCUGGUUCUGCUCCAGAUCCCUGGAUGAGUCCAGUCUGCAGAAGCAAGUGGAAAGAGGGAGAUCCUUGAACAGCACAGACGGCUGGGCCUCCAGCACCGUCUCCAUCCAGCCUGCCAGACACAUCAGUUUGGACAGGGAUCCCCGAGAGCCAUCGUCAGCAAGAGAGCAGAGCUCCGAUGAGGACGUGUUUGUGGAAACGUCUCAGAAGCACGUGGAGUGGCUGCGAGCACCAGCCAUGGGGGGACAUCCAGGCGGAGACCCCCGAGGAGAAACGGGGAGAGGUGCAGGCGGGGAGGGUCUGGGGGGCACCCAUCCCAUGGAGACAUGUGCAGCCGCGGGCGAGCUAGGAGAAGGGCAGCCUUCUGCUCGCAGGAUGCUGAGAAGGGUUUCCACGCUGGAUUCCACAGACUCCCUCCCCGACGACGCCAUGGCCGUGGAAGGACAGCAGCCGGAGGCGCUGGACUCCGGGGCCUUUAUGCGCUACUAUCACGUGUUCCGGGAAGGCGAGCUGUGUGGGCUGCUGAGGGAGAACGUGUCGGAGCUGCACAUCCUGAGCUCCGGGAACGACCAUGGCAACUGGUGCAUCAUCGCCGAGAAGAAGGAGGCCUGUGGCUGA